CGCCCCAGGCAGGGCAGAAAGUGGUGGAUCCGGUUUGUUCCCCGGCGGCCCGGAGCGGGGUGUUGCGGGACUCGGGGUGCGGAGGCCUCGCAGCAUGGUGGGGGCCGAGAAGGACCAGAGCUGGAUCCCCAAGAUCUUCAAGAAGAAGACGUGCACGACGUUCAUCGUGGACCCCACCGACCCGGGGGGGACAUGGUGUCAGUGUGGGCGCAACCGGGGGGACCACUCAGCUGUGGCCGUGGAGGACGCGUUCGGGGCGGCCGUGGUGACGGUGUGGGACAGCGCCAUGCACACCACUGAGCACCCCACGGAUGCCUACGGAGAGGUGGACUUCCUGGGCACCAGCCGCAAGGCCAGCAACUUCCUCCGGCUCUCUGACCGCACGAAUCCGGCCACGGUUUACAACCUGGUGACGCGCAAAUGGGGCUUCGGGGCCCCAAACCUGGUGGUUUCCGUGCUGGGGGGCUCAGGGGGACCCACACUCCAGACCUGGCUGCAGGACCUGCUGCGUCGAGGGCUGGUGCGGGCCGCCCAGAGCACAGGGGCCUGGGUCGUCACGGGGGGCCUGCACACCGGCAUCGGCCGGCACGUGGGCGUGGCUGUGCGCGACCACCAGAUGGCCAGCACCGGGGGCGCCAAGGUCGUGGCCAUGGGAGUGGCCCCUUGGGGCCUGGUUCGGAACAGAGACACCCUCAUCAAUCCCAAGGGCUCCUUCCCUGUGAGGUACCAGUGGCACGGGGAGCCCAAAGAUGGACAGCAGUUCCACCUGGACUACAACUACUCGGCCUUCCUUCUGGUGGACGAUGGCACCCACGGCCACCCGGGCAGCGAGACCCGCUUUCGUCUGAACUUUGAGGCCCACAUAGCUCAGCAGAAGACGGGGGUCAAGGAGACUGGAAUUGACAUCCCUGUCCUCCUGCUCCUGAUCGACGGGGACGAGAAGAUGUUGAAGCGGAUAGAGGAUGCCACCCAGGCCCAUCUCCCCUGUCUCCUGGUGGCCGGGUCUGGGGGCGCUGCCGACUGCCUGGCUGAGGUCCUGGAGGACACACUGGCCCGGGGCAAUGGGGGCAGCUGGCGUGGUGAAGGUCAAGAUCGGAUUAAGCGUUUUUUCCCCAAAGGGGACCCUGAAGUCUUGCUGGCUCAGGUGGAAAGGAUCAUGACCCGGAAGGAGCUGUUGACAGUCUACUCAUCCGAGGAUGGCCCUGAGGAAUUUGAGACAAUCGUUUUGAAGGCUCUCGUGAAGGCCUGUGGGACCUCUGAGGCCUCGGCUUACCUGGAUGAGCUGCGUCUGGCUGUGGCUUGGAAUCGUGUGGAUAUUGCUCAGAGUGAACUGUUUCGGGGAGACAUCCUGUGGAGGUCCAACGACCUGGAAGCCUCGCUCAUGGAUGCCCUGCUCAAUGACCGGCCGGAGUUUGUGCGCCUGCUCAUCUCCCAUGGACUCAACCUGGGCCAUUUCCUCACCCCAAAGCGCCUGGCCAACCUCUACAGCGCGGCGCCCUCUAACUCGCUCAUCCGCAAUCUCCUGGACCAGGUGUCCCACGGUGUGGGCACCAAAACACAAAUUGCUAAACCCUCUCUGGAACCCCGACCCCCAGACAUAGGGCAGUUGUUGCGACUCCUGCUGGGGGAGACGUGUGCGCCCAGGUACCGCAUCGAGGAUGCCCGGGAUCCCAACCAGGGCCACCACGAAUGCAUGGAGACGAACUGUCUGCUGUCCAGCACUUCCCCUUUGGAACUGGUGCUGGACGAUGUGCUUGGCCAGUCCCCCUGGAAUGACCUACUCCUCUGGGCUGUCCUGCUGAACAGAGCGCAGAUGGCCGUGUACUUUUGGGAGAUGGGUUCCAAUGCAGUGGCCUCUGCUCUGGGUGCCUGCUUGCUGCUCCGUGUGCUGGCCCGCCUGGAACCCGAGGCCGAGGAAGCAGCUCGCAGGAAGAAGCUGGCGGCCAAGUUCGAAGGCCUGGGCGUGGAUCUCUUUGGGGAGUGCUACCGCAGCAGCGAGGUCCGGGCUGCCCGCCUGCUUCUGCACCGCUGUAAGCUGUGGGGUAGUGCCACUUGUCUGCAGCUGGCCAUGCAGGCUGACUCCCGCUUCUUCUUCGCCCAGGAUGGGGUCCAGUCUCUGCUGACACAGAAGUGGUGGGGGGAGAUGGACAGCACCACCCCCAUCUGGGCCCUGGUUCUCGCCUUCUUUUGCCCCCCACUCAUCUUCACCGACCUCAUCACCUUCAGGAGGUCAGACGAGGAGUCUUCGCCAAAGGAUCUGGAACUUGACGUGGACAAGGGCAUCAACGGGGAAGGGCCUGCGGGGCCGCCUGACACUCACGAGAAGAAGACCUUAGGAGUGCUGCAGUCCUCUAGACCCUGCAGUUCCUCCCUUCGCCUGCGCCACUGGUCCCAGUUCUGGGGCGCCCCCGUGACAGCCUUUAUGGGCAACGUGGUCAGCUACCUCCUCUUCCUGCUCCUCUUCGCCCGGGUACUGCUCGUGGACUUCAGGCCCCAGCCCCCAGGCCCCCUGGAGCUGGUGCUCUACUUCUGGGCCUUCACCCUGCUCUGUGAGGAGCUGCGCCAGGGCCUGGGGGGCGGCUGGGGGAAUCUGGCCUCCCAGGGGCCUGGGCCCAGCCCCAGCCAUGCCCCGCUGCGCCACCGGCUUCACCUCUACCUCGCUGACACGUGGAACCAGUGCGACCUGGUGGCCCUCACCUGCUUCCUCCUGGGCGUGGUGUGUCGGCUGAUCCCGGGCCUGUACGACUUGGGCCACACUGUCCUCUGCCUGGACUUCAUGGUCUUCACGCUGCGGCUGCUGCACAUCUUCACCGUCAACAAGCAACUGGGGCCCAAGAUUGUCAUUGUGAACAAGAUGAUGAAGGACGUCUUCUUCUUCCUCUUCUUCCUGGGCGUGUGGCUAGUGGCUUACGGGGUUGCCACCGAAGGGCUCCUUCGGCCUCGGGACCGUGAUCUCCCCGGGAUCCUGCGCCGAGUCUUCUACCGACCGUAUCUGCAGAUCUUUGGGCAGAUCCCCCAGGAGGAGAUGGAUGUGGCUCUGAUGGAUCAUGCCAACUGCUCCUCAGACCCUGGCUUCUGGGCGCGCCCAGUGGGGCCCCGGGCAGGCUCCUGCGUCUCCCUUUAUGCCAACUGGCUCGUGGUGCUCCUGCUCAUCGUCUUCCUGCUCGUAGCCAACAUCCUGCUGAUCAACUUGCUCAUUGCCAUGUUCAGCCACACCUUCGGCAAGGUCCAGGGCAACAGCGACCUCUACUGGAAGACGCAGCGCUACAGCCUCAUCCGGGAAUUCCACUCUCGGCCCGCGCUGGCCCCGCCCCUUAUCGUCAUCUCCCACGUGCGCCUGCUCAUCAAGCGACUGUGCCGCCGUCGCAGCCACGAGCCUUCCUCCCCGGACUCGCAGCAUUUUCGGGUCCUCCUGUCCAAGGAGGCCGAGCAGAAACUGUUGACCUGGGAGUCGGUGCAGAAGGAGAAUUUCUUGCUGGCUCGGGCGCGGGACAAGCGGGAGAGCGACUCGGAGCGGCUGAAGCGCACAUCGCAGAAGGUGGACACAGCUCUGAAGCAUCUCCGGCAGAUCCGCGAGUACGAGCAGCGUCUGAAGGGGCUGGAACAGGAGGUCCAGCAUUGCAGCCGUGUCCUGGGCUGGGUGGCCGAAGCCCUGAGCCGCUCUGCGAUGCUGCCCCCAGGGGGACCACCACCUCCAUCCCCACCGAGGCCCAGAGAUUGAGCCCUGCAGGUUGAUCUCAAGAAUCUGGAGCCCAGCUGGUCCUCGGUCCCUCAAUCUCAAGGUGGGACGUGCUCCCGUGAUCUGCCUGGAGCAGGCUCAUCCCUGCGACCAGGGCUGGUCCCGCUCCUCCCAGCACCAGCCCCAGCCGGGAGAAGCAGCCACUGGAGCCCUGACUGGCAGAUCCGAAGGCCCUGGUGCAGCCCGCUGGGCGGGAGAAGGAGCCUUGGGGUACAGGAAGGACAGAUCAGCCACAGCUCCCCAUACUGGGGAAAUAAAGGCAUUUGACAAGA